GUAUAGGUUAAAAGAAUAUGUGUCAGAAAUUAUAAGGUAAUUCAAUCUCUGCACUCUCGAGGGUCACUAUAUUUUGACGAUACACUCAGGAAGAACAAGAAAAAUUAAAUUUGCAUCUGUUAUAUGACUGCUACAACUUGGAGCAGAUUCGCAUUGUUUACUAUCUCCACUACUCCAUACCCCAGCCCCAGACCCCAGCCCCCGGCCCCAGCCCCUAUCCAGUCUCCGUAUGGGUACAAGAUGGUGGAUAGCAGUCAUGGUGGGGGGCCAUUAGAGCAUCUUUGAUUAUGGCCGGAAUUCGUAGUCGAAUCUUAUUCAAGUUCCAGUUUAAGCACGAUCUUGAGACGUCAAUGCUGUUAUUUCAUUGGUUAAGUAAGUCUUAAGUCGGCUCGAAGCUAGACUUAAGACAAUGCUUGAGCUUAAGAUCGGUCUAUGAAUCCCGUCCUAUAGGUCUUUAACUAUCACUAUCGCGCUAUUGGCUCCACGAACAAUUCAGAUAGCGUUAGCGUUAAUAGUGUCUCCCCGAACGUACCCAAGAUGGUGGAUAGCAGUCAUGGUGGGGGGCCAUUGGCGCAUCUUUGAUAAUCUACUAGUUUACACCGAGCACUUGAUACGCGUAUCAAGUAGUGAAUUUAAGCUGAUCAGCCAAUGAUUAAACACAUUCACUAGUUAUUUACUAUUUGAUACGCGUACCAAGUGCUCGGUGUAAACUAGUAGUAUAGGUCUUUACUCAAAACCACAGAGAUCGGUCUCCUGGGGCUCGAUUCUUGAAUUCAUUUGCAAGAGAAACGUAUUCGCAAAUUCUGUUCUUACAGAAAAGUUGAAAAUUUAUUGGCUAUCGUAUGGCUUUUAACCAAUAAACUUGCAACUUUUCUGUUAAAGCGGGUAUUUGCGCAUACGUUUUCUUGCGAAUGAAUUCAAGAAUCGAGCCCCUGGUUCUAGUAAGGCACUAUAAAAGUGAGUACACAGUUUAGCUAUAACCAGUUGCGACAGUACAGUCGGAACCUUUGAUGUUUAUGUUACCUAGUCACGUGACCAUCCGCCAUGUUUUGGAUUGUAAGAAAGCGCGUUAUUCGAAGAUAUAAAACAAAAAAAGAUAGUAAAAAUAUUUCUUAUGAUUCGUGUCAAAUUGUUAUUAAAGAGAUAAGUGAAUAAAUAAAAAAAAUUACAGAAAAAGUUAAAAAAAGUUAAAUUUUGAAAUGAGGUUAAACAAUAAUAUAUAAAUGGAUUUUUUGGAAAACAAAAAAAUUUUAUUCCUGCGUUUCGUCCAGAUAUGUUUUUACACAUGACACAGGAAAAUCCACCUUUACUAACUUUACUCAUUAUUAUAAUUUAUUUCAAAAUAAAUGAUAUUGAAAAAAACACUGAAGAUGAUCUUCAUUAAUAAUCUUUUCAAAAUAAUACCUAAUUAAUAUCGCUUAAUAUCACUGAAAAAUUAUUCACACAAUAUAACCUCUAACACGCAAUUAUCACAUGUCUAGCUCAUAGCUUCGUACCGCGUGGCUCGCCAUGUCCGCCAUAUUUUAGAUAGUACAGUUGACGCAUGCGUCGUAAAAUAUUAUACGAAGAAUUUCGCUGACUGUCGUAACUGGUUAUAGCUAAACUGUGGUGAGUAUUCUCACGUCCGCCAUUUUUCUUCUAACUAGCAUGAAAAAUUAGGUAUGUUUGUAUAUAUAUACGUCAAUAAUCUUUGGAAACACCAAACUUUAAGCGACAAUGAAACGAAGUGUGCUUUCCAGCAAGACACAGUGUAACACAGUGUCCAUUAGUGUGAGAAAGAACAUGUCAGUGUGUCUCGCUCACACUAGUGGACACUGUGUUACACUGUGUCUUGCUGGAAAGCACACGAAGACACGAUAUUUAUGAUCUUGAGACUGUAAAGGUUAUUGCGAUUAUUAUAUAUGUAAAACAUUAUGCUAGUUACUUGCUAGUUUGAAGAAAAAUGGCGGAUGUGAGAAUACCUACUUUUUUAGUGCUCUAGUUCUAGUCUUCAUAAGUAUAAGCUCUAUGGCUGGAAAGCACACAUGUAUUCUUCUCUCUCUAGUUCUAGUCUCUAGUGCCUCUGAUAUCGGGAAUAUUGCAUCACUGCAUCGCAGUUUGAAAAUUUACGGAAUGGCUGUUCGCGGGGAACUGAAUACCUUUGACGAGACCUCGUUUAUCGAUAAAAAAAAAAUAAAGAGCUUCUCAUCUCGUAGAAUGGAGAACAGAGUAUUUUAUUCGAGAUAUAAGCAUUCCAUUUACUUCAUUCCAUAUCAGCCGAAACCUCGCAGACCACUCACAUCAUAUAUGCAUCGUUUGAGUCACUCGAGCAACGGACAAAUUUUUGCUAAGGUUAUCGACAGAGCCAGAGUGGUGCACCACUCUGUUGGAGUCGUGCUCCAUGUUCAAACUUCAGUCAAAUUCGUAACGAACUUCAGAGAAUUUCCAAAGCAGCGAUCCGAGUCUCUGUACUCGAACUUCUAA